AUGAGAAAAGAAUACAACUUUUAUGAUAGUAAUAAUGAAGAGGAAAAAACAGAUACAAUAAUAUUUAUUGAAGAGAAUAAUAAUGCUAAUGAAAUUCAUAAUGUGGAUCACUGGUUACAAAUGGUAGAAAAUUGGAUUAAAAUGUUAGAUACUGGAAAUCAUUUAGAUAAUGGUAAAGAUGUUGAUGAAGAGUCACUUGGGUUUGAAUUGACUGGUCAUGUUAUUUAUCCAGCAGAUAAUCCGUUAACAAAAUGA